CUAUUCUCUGAUCAUUGAUCAUAUUUAUAGACAAAAUAUUAAAUAAAAAGACGCCGGAAAUUUAAAUUGAAUAGGCAGCUAAAGAAUUAUGAAUAAGUUAAUAGUAUGAUUAUAAGCGCUAUAAAGGAAUCUGGAAUACUAAAGAUUCAGUAUGAAAAUAAUUUUACAUCGAUUACUCCGAGGUCGUCUUUCUUUAAAAGUUUAUGUGUUUAUAAUUUCCUUCAUUGUAUUAUGUGGUUAUAUUUUACCACAUUAUAAAUUUUAUCCGAUAGCUCCUGUAACUGUAGCUCCAGCGCUGAACAGUCAUACAAGGGUCACUAAACACUUAUCAAAAUUAGUAACUCUUGUUUUUCGUCAGUUUGAGGAAUUUGAAAACGAUGUCGCCGAAAGUGUUGCAUCUUUUGUGGGGGCAUAUCCUAAUAUGCAAAUUUUGAUUCUAAAUCAAAGUCCACAAUAUCCACCUUAUCAAUUUUCGACAUCAAACAAUACCUUACGUAAUGUGAAAAUAGUAUCGUUAGAUCUUAAACUCGAUUCUUCUCCUAACGAGUUAAAGCCUCUAUCCCACAUUUCUACUGAGUACGUGCUUUUUGUACCUGACUCGACACGUGUAACGCGUCGUGUACUUCAGCAAUUACUAUUGGCUGCUACAAGCGCUCCAACUCAAGGCACAGCUGUAGGUGUUGGUGGUUCCCGAUUAGUUUGUCAGCAAGUGAAAUGGAACUUUGUAGAUUGGACACUGCAGUACAGCAAAGAUGCUUCAGGAAAGAUAUGUGAUGCAGUGCAAGGACAGCAUGCUGUUAUAUUUAAGACUUCAAUAUUACACACACUCCCUGAUCCAUUUUUGUUUCCUUUUCCUGAGUCACUGUAUCUCCAGACUGCAGUGAGAAAAAUAAAAAUACAAAUAAUUGAUGGCAAAUUUAGUUCUGGUAGGAGCGUAUUAAAGACUCCUAUAUCAAAGCAGAAAGCAUCAAGACGGCAACGAGAAUAUAGAAUAGCACUAUAUAAACAGCUGGGUGUAAAAGCUGUUGUACGAGAUGAUGGCAGAGUCCAGUGGUAUGGUUGCAAAAGAGAAACUCAGCGAUGUUUUCCGCCUGUACAAGGUACACCAUCCUAUAUACUUUCUGGCCGAAAUAUUCCUCCUUGUUGUAGGAGAAAUAUACGCAGAACAGCAGCUCAUGUUCUAAGAGCAUUAUUACAAGCCGGAGCUAGAUGUUGGCUUGAGACCACUUCACUACUUGGUGCAGUAGUACGGGGCGAUCUCUUACCUUGGGCGGAAUAUGCAGAAAUCGGCAUACACUCGGCCGACUUGCCAAGAGUUUCUUGGCUCCAACGUGGAGGUGCAGACAAUGAUGGCUUUGUAUGGGAACGUGCAACGAAAGGACAUUACUAUAGAGUGGCUUAUUCGGCUACAAAUAGAGUUUAUGUUCUGAUACUUCCCUUUACACCAAAGAAUGGUACUAUGUGGCCAGCUGACUGGGUAAUGGCUCAUCAGAGAGAGUUCCCUGAAAGACACUUGCACCCGCUUGCUCAGAUUCAGUUCGCAGGUCGACAAGCUCCAGCACCAAAUGACGCACGCGCAUUUCUUGAUCUCAAAUUAGGUGCCAAUUCUCUGGAGAGAUGCCAGAAAAUUGGCCCUAAACUUAUUUAUCCGUAAGUUUGAUGGUAAAAUUAUGCUUUAUAACUUAAGUUAUUUUUGCUUCGCAAUACACGAUACCAAAAAUGUCCAAAUUGAGAUGUAUGCUUUCGAGCACGGUUAUUUACUAUGUGAUAUUAUUUAAGUUAGAAACAAGACGGUCAAUGAUAAUACUAAUACAGGUGAUUAAUUACUAGCCCUCAUACUCUGUAACACCAAUACAAAGUUCAUACAAUAAUUACUUAAUCUUAUCUUGUGUUGAUACUCUGUAAACAAACUUGAUCACAUCAAGCAAUAGAAGGUACGUAAUAAGGUUGCUGUUGGAGACAAGACGUACAAUUAGAAAAUUAUACUAAAAAUAAAACUUUAUACAAACACAAAAUUGCAUUGCAUACAAAAAGCCACUAUCAACUGUAUUAAUAAUACUUAUCUUAAAGGCAAUGUAGCCAUUUAAACGUUAUAUGAUAUGACGUAUGUUUUUUUUAUUAUAUUUUAAUGAUUGAGGUAUCAAAAAUCUAAUAAUAUUUUAUUAUCAUUAAAUUUUGGAAAAUUAUUUAAUAUGUCCUUUAGGUAACCUAAAGUUUAUAUUUCAUUAGGUAGGUAUAAGUUAACUGAACAUUACAUUUAAGAUUUAACUGAUAUAAUAAGAAUUGUGUUUUUGUUUGAAAUGUGGGAUUAUAUUUAUAAUUAUUUAUUAUUUAGAUAAUAUUAUCGUUCAAGGUUGUAAAGAUCUCUAUCUAGUCAGAGUUUAAAUUUAUAUUUAAGCCAUUUAAUGGUGAUGUUUUGUUUGUUAGAGUUUAAUAAUUUAAAAAUAACGCACAAUUAUGUCAUAGACAACAGUACUGGCAUAUACCUAGUGAUAGGUGUCAACUAGAAUAGAAUCCUGGUCAUUACUACGCAGAAAUAAUCACUGAUUUAUAAAAAAUCUGGUACAUCAGUAUUUUUAUUCGAUUCUGUAACCGUAAUAUAUUUACUAAUAGUUGUAUUUAUCGUAAAUAAUAUGACACAAAGCGCUAGCAUUGUUUUAGUUACAAUCUCUUAUAAUCGAAAACAAAAUGUUUUCAAAUGUUAAAAAAAUUAUGUAAAAUUUAUAAAUUUUUUUACGUGUUGCACAUGUAAUCCGAUAGUAAGAAUAAGAACUCAAGUCCGUUUUCACUACCGGGUCAUAUGAGUUUGUGGCACUCUUGACAAUAAAUAGAAGGCUCUUUCAUUCAAUAGCAACCUGUAAGCAAUACUUUUGUGAUUUACCAAUUGUAUAAAUAACUUUAAAAUGCUUCGCUUAAUGGCUUGAUAGCAAAAAUAAAAAUUACCAUAUU